AUGAAGUUCUACGAUGGCCUAGUACUUGUGAUCAUCUCCGGCCUCUUCGUCCUCUUUUUCACCACAUGCAAUGCUGCCAACUCCAAACUCUUUCGGGAGUACAUUGGUGCGGAGUCUGAUUCAAUCAAGUUAUCAGACGUACCCGUUAAUCCAGAUAUUGAAUUCCACUUCAUCCUUGCCUUCGCAAUCGACUAUACAGGCCUCAAAAACCCAUCACCCACCAAUGGAAAAUUCAACCCUUUCUGGGCAACCAAACAUAUCAAUCCUACUGAGAUUUCCCGAAUGAAAGCCACGCAUUCAAAUCUCAAAAUCUCAGUCAGCUUGGGUGGUGCCACCGUAGGCAAAAGAGAAGUGCAUUUUGCCCCACAUUCCAUAGAUUCGUGGGUUCAGAACGCCAUUUCUUCGCUAACCAACAUGAUCAAAGAAUACAACUUGGAUGGAAUUGAUAUUGACUAUGAGCAGUUCAGCACGGAUCCCAACACAUUCGCAGAAUGCAUCGGACGGCUGGUAAUGAAUCUAAAAAAAAGUGGGACAAUCUCGUUUGCUUCGAUUGCUCCCUAUGAUGACGAAGGGUCGGUCCAAAAGCACUACACGGCAUUGUGGAGGAAAUAUGGGCGUUUCAUUGACUACGUGAAUUUCCAGUUCUAUGCGUACGACAAAAUCAGCGUGUCUCAGUUUCUAAGGCAUUAUGACAGACAGCAAUCUCGCUAUGGAGGGGCUCAGAUUUUGGCUAGUUUUAUCAGCGAUGGUGGGCAAGGUUUGGGCCCUGAAGAUGGGUUUUUCGAGGCUUGUGAAGAACUGAUUGGGAGACACAAGCUUGGGGGCAUUUUUGUGUGGUCCGCUGAUGAUUCCUUUAAACAUGGAUUUCGAUUUGAAAAGAUAUCUCAGACCUUGUUGGCGUCCGCUUGA